GCCCUGAUAUCUGCUCUCAUUGUGUGGCUUUUUCGUUCUGACGACACUUUGCGAUAAUCCAAGACGCUUUACGUUAACCCUGUUGCCGUUACCAGGACAACUCGGAGUUCUGGUCCGGGAUUGGCUCGUACGCUGUCGGAAAGUGGAACACCAGGAAGCUCAAACAGGCCCUGGUUUUUUUCUUGUUUAACCACUCGGUUUUUUUUUUUUUUAAAUUAAUUUCUUCUCCAUGUGUAUUUGUUUUCAACAUGGCGGAGAAGUUUGACAAUCUUGAAGAGCAUCUUGAGAAAUUUAUCGAAAAUAUCCGACAGCUAGGAAUCAUCGUCAGCGAUUUUCAACCGAGCAGCCAAACAGGACUCAAUCAGAAACUAAAUCUGAUGAUCACAGGACUGCAAGAUAUUGAGAAGUGCCGGCAACAGCUUAACGACAUCCACGUACCUUUGGAGGCAUUCGAAUACAUCGAUCAGGGCCGCAAUCCUCAGCUUUAUACGAAAGAGUGUUUGGAGCGAGCCUUGGCUAAAAAUGAACAGGUGAAAGGGAAGAUCGACACCAUGACGAAGUUUAAAAGUCUCCUCAUCGCUGAGCUGGGGAAGGUUUUUCCUGAAGAAAUGGCCAAAUAUAAGGCGAUUCACGGAGACGACCCUCCUUCAUAGUCCCUAUAAGAGCAGUGACGAAGCCAGUUUGUACAAAUGUCCAUAUUCAUACAUUUUCUACAGUUCAGAACAUUGAUCACGCUUUACAUCACACUUGUACAGCUUUUUCAACGUUUAUAUUUGCAUUUGUAUUUCUCAGAGAUGUUGCGUCAGUGUAAUGGAACAGUUUGAACAAUUGUGCGUGUAACGGAGUGUAAUUUAAUUUUGUUUUUGUUAAUAAAUAAUUAUUGUAAUAUACUACAAA